AUGGCACCGACAACUUUCACUCCAGCAGAUAAACUACAACCUGUCUCAGAUGGCAAUGCAAAUGACGACUGCGAUUGGCAGAAAUGGCUCAAAGAAGUAGAAGGUGCCGAAUCGCUCAUGGAUCAGAUUGAGGCUAGGACAGAUUCUCUUCAAGUCAAAGUCGAUGCACUUCUCGAUGAAAUAGCAGCACCACCACCACUAGCAAAUGAGGAAACAAACGACGCUCAAUCAUCAACAAAAGACUGUAAUGAUAAGCAACCCUCCAAAGACAAUGAAUAG